AGCCUCUGUCUACCCUAUUCUCAGCGAGUUCACUUUAAGUUUGUCUCGCCUCGAGCUGUUCACAGUUUCAAAUUAACAUUCGAUGCGAGCACAUCAACCAGCCAUGAAGCUCCACUGUACCCUGCUGCCCCUGCUCCUGGGCCUUCUGACAAUUGGUCAAAGCAAUGCCGCUGCGGGCUCCGCGCAUCUGCUCUGCUACUACGAUGGCGCCAGCUUCAUCAGAGAAGGCCUGUCCAAGCUGACUCUUAACGACCUGGAGCCGGCAAUGCAGUUCUGCACCCACUUGAUCUACGGCUAUGCAGGCAUCAAUCCCAGCAGCAACAAGCUGGUCAGCACCAACGAGAAACUGGAUCUGGAUCUGGGCAGCAGCCUGUACCGCUCUGUGACUGGCCUGAAGAAGAAGUAUCCGGCAUUGAAGGUUCUUCUGAGCGUCGGCGGCGACAAGGAUGUUACCGACGAGGAGAACUCCAAGUAUCUGACUCUGCUGGAGAGCAGCAAUGCUCGCAUUCCAUUUAUUAACAGCGCCCACUCGUUGGUCAAGACCUACGGCUUUGACGGUCUCGACCUCGCCUGGCAGUUCCCAAAGAACAAGCCCAAGAAGGUGCACAGCGGCAUUGGCUCGUUCUGGAAGGGUUUCAAGAAGAUCUUCACCGGCGACUUCGUUGUCGACGAGAAGGCCGAGGAGCACAAGGAGGAGUUCACGGCUCUAGUGCGUGAGCUGAAAAACGCUUUCCGUCCGGACGGCUAUCUGCUGGGCCUCAGCGUUCUGCCCAAUGUCAACUCGUCACUGUUCUAUGAUGUGCCCGCUCUGAUCAACAAUGUGGACUAUGUCAAUCUGCACGCCUAUGACUUCCAGACACCUGUGCGCAACCCAGAAGUGGCUGACUUCCCCGCGCCCAUCUACGAGCUGAACGAACGCAAUCCCGAGCACAACAUCAACUACCAGGUGCAGUACUGGCUCAACAACCAUGCGCCCGCCUCCAAGAUCAACGUUGGCAUCCCAACGUACGGCCGCGUGUGGAAGAUGACCAAGGACUCCGGCCUGACUGGCCUGCCGCCCGUAGCCGAAGCCGAUAAUGUCGGCCCCGCUGGCAUCCAAACGCAGACUGCCGGCUUCUACAGCUGGCCCGAGGUGUGCGCCAAGCUACCCAACCAGGCCAACCAGCAUCUGAAGGGCGCCGACGGACCACUCCGCAAGGUGGGCGAUCCCACCAAGCGCUUUGGCAGCUACGCUUACCGCUCAGCCGAUGACAAGGGUGAGAAUGGUCUCUGGGUUGGCUACGAGGAUCCCGACACAGCUGCCAUCAAGGCCGCCUACGUUAAAGGCAAGGGCUUGGGCGGCGUGGCCCUCGUCGACCUCAGCUUCGACGACUUCCGCGGCGGCUGCACCGGCAACGAAAAGUAUCCCAUUCUGCGUGCCAUCAAGUAUAAGCUAUAGGCAGGCAACCCCACAUCCCCCACCAAAUAUGUAAUGCGUUUUUACGACUUUGAGUAUACAUGUUUUUAUAACUAAUCUGUCUAAUCCCCAAUAAAUACAAUCAAUUGACACAAA